AUGGGAUGCACAAGUUCCAAAUCAGAAGAUGUUACUAAAACCCAGGAGUCAGUAAAACAGGAUAUUCCCGAAAUUGUUGUCGACAAAGUUGAAGCCUUUAAAGACUACGAAAUCCUUUGUCUGGAUAAGCACAACAGCUUCCGUUCUAAACAUGGCGGACCGGAUAUGGCCUUGAACCGUGACCUCUGCGAUAUGGCGCAGAAGUACGCGGAAUUUCUCUUGCAGAACGACAAGUUUGAGCACUGUAACAGAGCUGGGCGGAAGUAUGACGGUCAAUAUGUGGGAGAAAACCUAGGUUACUACAUGGGGCCAGAUUACGAGAACUAUGACGCAACUGAGAACUGGUACAACGAGAUUAACGAUUACGACUUCAGCUCCCCGGGGUUUAUAAAAGGCACCGGACACUUUACCCAGGUUGUAUGGAAAAGCAGCACUCAGCUCGGAGUAGGAAAAGCAAUGGAUCCCAACACCCAAAAAACCAUGAUUGUGGCGCGAUAUUGUCCAGGUGGAAACGUCGCUGGUGUGUUUCCAGAGAAUGUGACGUCACCCAGCUAG